AUGGCAUCAACUCAGUAUCUACGUCGAACCACCGAGUCCCUCGCCCACGAUGUAAUCACCCUCCUCAAACAAACCCAGUCAACCGUCGCCGUCGCCGAGUCCCUAACCGGCGGCAGCAUAAUGGCAGCCCUUACUUCUAUCUCUGGCUCCAGCAGCGUAUUCCGCGGCGGAAUAGUCUCAUACGACACCGGCCUCAAGAUCAAGAUUCUCAAAGUUGACAAAGACAUCAUUUCUCAGCAUGGGGUCGUUCAUGAAGAAGUCGCGCGGCAGAUGGCGACUGGGAUACGAGACGUUACUGCGCUGGACACGCCUACUACGUGGGGAGUCAGUACGACAGGUGUCGCCGGGCCGGAACCGCAAGAUGGGAAGCCUGCAGGGACGGUGUUUAUUGGGAUUUCGGGGGGUGGGCGUGACAGAGCUCUGGGACCGUUUCGGUUUGAGGGCGGACGGGACGACAUUCGGAGGGAGACGAUUCUUGAGGCUUUGGAGCAGUUGAAGAAGUUACUCAAUGAUAGAACGACAGACUCUUCUUAA